GCGCGUUUGUUUUGGGCGAACAGGUACAACAAUUACAUCAAGAAUAACGACAACAACAGCAUCUUACAUUAACAACAGUGGUAGUGAUGGAGGCGGCGAUCAGGCAAAGCGUGGGGCUGCAGCAUCCUAUGUGGAGUACGGAAGUUGCUGUUGCCUCGCCCGAGGAGAAGGAAGCAGUGCUGGAGUUGGUGAGAAUGUAUAAAUGCCAGGUGGAAGACAUUUACGCAGUGCUGACUCAACACCGCCAUAAUCUGCCAGUGGAGUUUUUGGUGGAGGGUGAGGAAAUGUUCAUUGGGUGGGAGGAGGAGCUCCAUGCAAAUCUCUCCCUCCAACAGUUCGGUGGCACUAAAAGAGCAGAAGUGAUGGCUGGGCUGCGUGAUUGCACCAAAAUGCUCGAGAAAGUGAGAGAAAUCUUUGUUGAGCUUCGGGUGGGGCUGCCCCCCCAUCUGCAUGUGAAUACACGAAUGGACGAUUCGAAACGGUGCUGCUACGUGGACUUUGAGGAGGGGCAAGCCACGUUGCAGGACCGCUACUGUGAAGAUGACGGGGGCAUCACAGAAGAUGUGAACGAUAACAGCCUCAUUGCCUGCAGUUCUGCCACUUCCGCCGAUAAAGGUGAUACAAUUGCCAACAAGAACAGUGAUGACGACAACAAUAACAACAAUAACAACAACAACAACAACAACAACGACAAUCACAACGGCGAUGCUGGUGUUCCAUGUGGAGAUGACGAUGACAACAAUACCGACAACAACAUCGUCGAUGACAACAACAACAACAUCAACAACAACGACAAUUACAACAGCGACAAUGGUGCUCAGCGUGGUGUUACACGUGGAGAUGACGAUGAUAACAAUACCGACAACAACAUCGAUGACAACAACAACAACAACGACAAUUACAACAGCGAGGAUGGUGCUCAGCGGGGAGACCAAGGUCAAACAUGUAUUUGGAUCAUCAAUAAUAACAAGCCAAAAACUGACGGGGAGGAGAGUGCUCAGCGCGGGGACGAUUUUCAUAAAUGCGUCUGGGCCAUCCAAGUCGUCAACACAGUUAAUGAUGAUAAUAUUGCGGGCCCGGUAGAUAAUGACUACAACAGCGGGCGUAGGGGGCAGGGGCUGUUUCUCGAGUGUCUUGCCUCUCCCGGUGGGGGUGGCGCUAUUGGGAAUGGAACGAAGAUGUUGUCUACGGCUAUGUCUAUAAGUAGAUGUCUGUUCGGCUGAUAUGUUAUCGCGCCGUUUCUGUGGGAACCGGGGGGGAGGAUUGAGGGGUGUGACUAGGGUAUAUGGCACCCCGAUGACCAGCCGAGGAUGCUUCUCAUUUGUGCGCCUGAAACCCUACAUCUGUCUUGGGGACACGUGGCACCCCGACAUGAGUUUUGUUGUUUUCCGUUUGACCUUUUUCCUACCCCGAAUGCCUCUCCCCCUUACGGCGAUUGCAUGAAGUGAUAGUAGAUGAUAAGGGUUUCGGCGUAGGAAUCUGAGUUUCGAUGUGAUGAGCAGUUAAUCCCCUCAGUUGAGGGCAAUCAAUGCUGCUCAUCAGG